AUACUGUUGGCAAUACCGCAUUCUAGUUGUCACUUGUCAAUCUUCAAUAUGUAUUUUUUGUUGUUAAAUCAUAAAUUGUGAAAAACACUUGUAGUUUUUAGCUAUUGAUACACAAUUUAAAGCACAUCUAAACCACCCCGUUUUACCCAUAUAUUAAUAUGUAAAUUUAUUAUAAAUCUUCAGAACAGUUUGUCUACUACUAAAUACAGCAAGAUGAUUGAUAUCAAGACUAAAAUCAACGCUUUUUUCAUUUUCAAUCCGAGUUUAGGCCCCAAAGAAGGCGACGAAUUAAAACGGAUAUUGUUCUUCCACCCCAGUCAAACGAGCCCUGAUGCUCGGAAAAUGCAAGUUGGACUUUGUGAAGCUGUGGUGAAGUUUAUGUCAACAUUUUCCUCAGAACCAUGCGAAGCUCUACAAACACAAACAAAAAGAUACAUAUUUUAUCAACCUGAAAAAGGCUAUUGGAUGGUGUUGGUUGUAACAAUACCUUAUACAACAAAAGCAUUAUCAGCUAUUGGAGAAAGCAGGGGAGAAGUAGUAGACCCCACUAUUAUGUGUGAUCUAUUAAAAUCGGCAUACAAAAUGUUCAGAAUGUUCCGAGGACCAUUUAAAAAUAUUUCAAAUGAUGAUAUUUACACAAUAUGUGAUCAGUUUUUUUCUCCUUACAUAUCUUCCAGAAAUAUCACAAAUGAUAUCUCAGAUGUGAUUCAAGGUGUCAGUUACUUACCAUUGGAUAAAAAUUCAUUCUUCAAAGUUGUGUGUUUCAUAGAUCUGCUGGAAAUAAAUUAUCCAGACCUAAAAUGUGUUUCCUUUGUUUACAACGAACAACUUAUUUGGAACAGUUUGUGCACAGAAGAUAUGUUAACCCUUUAUCAAUAUUUAGUUCAAACAUUGCUACCAAAGCAGGUAGAAAGAGAAAUCCAAGGCGGAGCAGUCGCAGCCGCCCAGAGACAUGGACGAUUUAUUUCACCACCAGAAGGCAUACAAAUUAAAGAAGAUUUAGAAAGAUUAAUGAAGGUACAUCUUCAGAGGGAGGAUGAUGAUGAAUCUAAACAGUAUUAUUUAAUAAUUUACAGAACUUUAAGUGCCACGAUUUGUUUCACGAUAGAUGUGAACACAAGGCUCCAACUGGAAACAUUCAGGUCGUUAGACGCUUUUAUCGGUCCCCAACUUUCGACAAUAGCAUCAGCUAUAAGUGAACAAUGCGCAAUACAUGCAGUACAAAAUGCUCAACUGGCAAAUGAACAUAAAUUUAUUUAUUUUAACCGACUAAACUUGGCAUUUAAAUCUUCUCCUCCAAUUAAUAAAUUACUUCCUUCGACUACAGUAAAGCCGGAAGUGUUGAGUAUCAUAUCAAGAAUACACACCGAUACAAAAAGCCUGGGUAAUUAUGGAGAAAUUAUAAUAAAAACCCCUGACGAGUACUGGAUUACAGGGAAGUCGUCUAAUGAUCGAGAAUUUUAUGUUAUAAUUCAGGAAAAAAACGCCAAUCUAAAAGAAAUUGCAGAUGAAGUAAAACGAAUAUGUGAAGCUCAAAUGAAAGGCAUUUUCUUCUAUCCUAUGUAAAUAUUUUUUUGAUCAACGCAUUUGAAAAGAAUUAUAGUUACUGUCAAUUAAAGAUGCUCCAUCAUUGUAUCAUUCUAUAAAUAAAAUAAAACGAACUGUUAUCAAGUAA